AUGCAUUGUGCAGAAUUAGGUGUGAAGGUUGCGAAUAAAGAACUAUGGUCCAGAAAAAUCUUCCCGAGAGUAGCGUUUGAGGUGAAUGGUGUCGAUCCAUUGGGAAGUUAUAGCUUGGCCAUUUCAAUUGUACGAGUGGAUAACUAUAAGUAUAAGUUUGAGGACGGUAAAUGGGUUGUAGCUGGACACGUUGGCUUGAACGAACAAAAGAGCGCUGAAACGCGUUUGGUGCAACAUCAUGAUGGAUUCAUCCGUGGAUCUUAUCUGCUUAAGACACCGAUUUACUUCGAUCAUUUGUCGCUUACGAACGAUCGCAAAUACGAGGCAGGAGCAAAGAUAUAUCUGCAAACAAUGUGCAAAUACCGACCCGUGUUAUCUGUGUGUCGUGUUGAUAUCGGCUCAGUGAGGACGGCUUCAAGUGAAGAUGAUAAAAUUAUCUUCAGCGAUGAAGUGAUGGAAUUUAUUGCGGUCACUCAAUAUCAAAAUGCGAGAAUAAUUCAGUUAAAGAACCAGUUCAAUCCAUAUGCUAAAGGGCAACGCUAUAAGCGUCGAAUCGCUUCAACAGCACCAAUGAAACGGGAGUCGAAUGCGUCUGAUGAAAGUAUGUAG